AUGAGGCCGGUUAUAAGCCUCAUCGAGACAGGUCAUCGAGGUCAUCGAGAUUGGGCAGGCGUGACGGGCGAAUCAGAGUCAGGCCGUCCAGUGACCUUCGGUACUCGUCGAAGAACCUCCGAUGCCAUGAGGGGAACCGAAGGGAAGAGUUGGAGGCUGAGGGGGAAAGGGAAGGUCCGACCUCAUCACAAGAGGAAAGACUUCCGCCUCAAGACGAACAUAAAUCCAUCCGAUCUUCCAGGUCUCGUCAAAGGUGCCACAAACAGGAAGUCCCGCAUCCGAUACGAUGACGAUAGGUUAUCGGAAGCACAUCCAGAUGAUGUGAAAGAUUCCAAACAGUUCUCCAUUAGGAAGAGUGCAGAGACAGAUUUGGAACUGCCAAGCCCUUCUGCUGGUUCUCAUGCUUCAAAUGGACCCCAGCAGUCACAGGGCCAGCACGAGCAGGAGUCACCACAACACGUGCAGAAGCAUCAGGCAUCCUCGAGUGAAGGUGGGGUAUUGCAACUCUUCCGAGAGAAUGGCUUCCUCAUGCUCCACUUCCUCAAUCUGAACCGUGAGGCCAAGUACGCUAGCAAGACGGUCACGCUCGUCAUUGAAGGGUCAGCACCUGUUAAUGUUGAUGAUGUGAAGGCUGCCUUUCCAGACCUAGAGUUCCUUGUCAACACUUGCAUCGAUGACCUCAGACCUCCAAAAAAUUGCACAAUGGUGAGACUGAUCUUCAAGUCGGAGGAGGAUGUGGCAGAGAUCUUGAGUAGGGAAGACUUGCCUUUCAUAGCUUCUAGGGAGGUCAAGGUGCAGAAGAUGAACAAUACAAUCACCCCACCUCGGUCUCACAGGAUGGAUCCAUAUCAGUUGCAAGUGUCCAACUUACCGGAAGAUGUGACCAGGUCAAAUUUGAAAACCCUAUUCCCAGAAGCUGUGAAAUUUCGCAAGCAGCUACAGCUACCCAGGCAUGCCAACCUGCUCUACACAACCAUGUAUGAUGCAAUGGCCGAUUUUGUGAGGGGUGAGAGCCUGUUUGUGAGUGGUUGGCCUGCCCUGGUCACCUUCUCUCCCUUCAGGUAUGUUAAUGUGAAGAAGAUCCUCAUGGAGAGUGGGAAACAAGCAUCCGUGAACCUCGCCCAGAUAAAUCACAACCCCUUCAAGAGCAAGGAUUAUGAGGAACUCAAAAAGAUUGAAUCUGCUGGAGCUGAUGUGGCCACCACAAGAGGAGAGACAGAUGGAACAGAUGACCUCCUCUUGAACUUCAGACUACCACUCCUUAGGUAA